AUAUAAAUAUAGGUUUUCCUUAACCAAUUCCACACAAAAAAAUAUUAAUGGCCAGUAGGAAUAAUUUAUAAAUAAAAUAAAUCACAAUCUUUAAUAUUAAUUAAAAAAAGACCAUUUUAAUGUCAAUAAAAUACGUUAUGAAUUAAAAAAUUCCGACAAUAUUUCCCUUAUAUUAAAUACUACUUACUUUAUUUUAUUUAAAAUAUAAAAAUGGAUCUUGCCUGGUGCCCUAUAUGCGAAAAACAAACGUUCGCCGUUGAAAAUUUAUAUUGUAGUGAAGCAUGUCGGAAAAAAGACGCAUCAUCAACCUUAAACGAAAAAUGGAUUUACGAAUUCCCAAAAUUUUCUUCACGAAAACGAUACAAUUCUCCAUACAAUUCUCCAUACAAUUCUCCAUAUAAUUCUCCAUAUAAUUCUCCAUAUAAUUCUCCAUAUAAUUCUCCAUAUAAUUCUUUAGAAUCAUCUCCACAAUCAUCUCCAAAAUUAUAUCCAAAUAAUACGACGACAAUGAUGGAAAAUAACUUUCAGUUACCAUAUAUAAUUUCUUCCUCCCCAUCAGAUCAUUUACUUUAUAGAAUGCCAUCUACCUCAUCUACGAUAAGGCAAACACCGAUUCGUCGAUAAUGAGAGUUCAAAGAAUUAUCUAAAAAUGAUUUCUCCAUUAACCAACGUUUUUUGACAAUGCUUUCUUCUCUUCAAAAAAAAAAAGCUUCAGUUUAUUAUUGUUAUAUAAAUGGUUUUUUUUAAUGACAUAAUGACAUAAUUUAUUAUAUUUAAUUCAUUUAUUGUAACGAAAUUUGGACAUUCAUGUAAAUAUUACUCUUUUAUUGCCUUAUUUUCAGUCCCUUUUCCCUUUAUCUUUUAUAUUUAUACUCCUUUACUUUAUUAAUAUAAUUUCUUGUUUCGAGAUGGUUUUCAAAGCUAUAAGAGAGCAGGCAAAAAAAAAAUAUAUAUAUAAUUUUAUAUAUAUUAUGUUUAAUAAAAAAAAUAUUAUUUUACUGGUCU